AUGAAAAAAUGUAAAUGGAUACUUAAAAUUAGAAAGUACAUCUACUAUCGUUGAUGAGAAUUUAAUAAUAAUUAAAUGUAAACUAAUUAAAAUACCCUAACUAAUUUUUUUCUUUUCAAAUAAAAAAGAAUAGUUCCAUAUUUAACAUAUAAAAGAAAAGAGAGAGGAUAAAUUCAAUACAAAAAGAAUCAUAUAAUAAUUAAAUGAACAUCUGAAUAAAUGUAAUCCAAUCCCGAAGUAUGAAAUUUCUAUUGAAAAUAAUUAUUAAGAUAAGCAUAUCACAGAAUUGAUGAAUGAAUGUAUUGAUAUCUAUAGAAAUAGUUUACAAUAUGAUUUUAAUAAGAUGCUCAACAAUUUAAUUAAAUUGAGAAAAUUAUAGAAUCUUGAUUACGAAUGGCAAACCUGUUUCCUUUGUUUAUUUUAAAAUGAUUUUAUGGAGUAUAACGAUUAAUCUAAUUUAGAUAUAUACUUGUUCUAAUGAAUUAAUAAUUUGAUAAUGCAUCUUAAUUAUAAAUUGAAGCAACUACAAUAUUAGCUAAUAUUUUUGAUAUUAUGGAUGAAAUUCUAGAUUUUACUUUUCCUCAUAUAUACCAAUACUUAAUUUACUAAGUCAUUUAAUAACUUACAAUUUAGGAAGAUUUCUAAUUUCAAAGAAUGCUUAUUUAGUUGAUUCAGUAUGAUUCAACUUCAUUUUUAGUAUGUGCAUGCUUUAAAAAAUGCAUUUUAUGAUUAAUAAAUAAUGGUUCAAAAAUUCUAAUAGCAUUAUGGAUUUAAUAAUUAUAAUUGAAUCUUAAGACAAUAAUCUGGUUGUUAAAUAUUUUAACAGCAAAUAGAGAAUUUCAAAACAAAAAAUUGUUACAAGUCAACAAAUUAGAUAAUUAUUAUCAUAUAAUGGCAAUCUAUGUUACAUAUUUGUCAUUUAAUUAGUAUAAAUGUAAAUCAAUAAUAUCAUUGACUAAUUAUGCAAUUUGAAGGAGAGUUUUGCUGAUUCCUUAACUAAAAUCCCUUAUGUAUUGAGAAAUUAUAUCCUUAACAUUAUAGUCAGCAAAUUAUAAACAGAGUAAAUUUAAAUUAUAGUAUUAUAAAAUAGAAAAAGUUUGAGUUAAAUAAAAUUAUGA